AUGGCAGCGGUUGAACAGAGACCAGCUGUCAGAGACGCAGUGUCUCUGACUCUGAGUCCUAACAGCUCUCAGAUAUUUGAAGAUCAAUCUGUCUCUCUGAGCUGUGAGGAGGACGACAGCUCUGCUGGAUGGACUCUGAGGAGGAACACAACUGGACGAAAGAUGACUCAGUGUGGAGGGGGCUGGGGAAGACCUGCUGGUUCCUCCUGUACCAUCGGUCUCACAGUUCCAUGGGACAGUGGGGUGUACUGGUGUGAGUCCAGAGAGGGAGCAACCAGUACCAGCAUCAACAUCACUGUCACUGGUGGACCAGUGAUCCUGCAGAGUCCUGUCCUCCCUGUGGAGGAGGGACAAGACCUCACUCUGCACUGUAGGACAAAGACGUCCUCCAACCUACCAGCGUCUUUCUAUAAAGACGGCUCCUUCAUCAGGACCGAGCCUGCAGGUCACAUGACCAUCCCCCAUGUCUCCAGGUCUGAUGAAGGCCUCUACAGGUGCAGCAUCAGCAGUGUUGGAGAGUCCCCCCCCAGCUGGGUCUCUGUCUCAGGGAAAGCUACGACAACGAGCCCGCCUCCAAGCCCACCGCCGCUGAUCCCCGCCUCAACCAUGGCUCCGUCCCCUGAGACAACCUCAGACCUCCUCCACCUUGUGUUGAGACUGGUGUGCCACCUGGUGGUGUUCUGUCCGUACUGCAUCUCCACCUUCAUCAUGGUGUCUUUAUGUCGAGGCAGGACCAAAGAAAAUGACCUGCCCGUCUCCGUGGUGACAGCCCCGCCCACCCAGGCUGAGGAGGGAUUGGAUGAUGCCGUCAUCACCACCACCACAGAGCAUUACUUCUGAACUGCUCUGUAAAGAGGCUCAAAUGUUUCCAACGUAUUCAACAUAGAUCAGAAACAUUGAGGGCCCCAGAACGCUUCCCUGUGGACCUCCACAUGUUCUAGUUUGACUUGAGCUCAGGAUCUCUGACAGGAUCACACACGUUACAUCAUAAGGAAGUUGAUAUGAUUAUGAUUUUAACAUUUAAUAUGAAGUCAUUGCUUUAAGUUUGAAUUGUUCCAUUUUAGCCAGAUCCAUCUCUGUAAUCUUGAAGAUUUUCAAUAAAGUUUGUGUAGUUUUU